AUGGCUUUAGUGUGUGCUAUUGAUCGGCCUUCUCAACUGCAGUCCACACUGCCAAGCAGAGAUCAACAGGAGGAGCAGCAGGCAGCAGGACUGGAUCUGAGUCUGCACGGGAGUAGCCCUGAUGCAUCUGUCUACCCUCUGGUCUACAGACCACAGACUGCAUGGUGUCCUGCAGGAAACUGUACAUUUGAUUUUGUUUUGGAUGUCACAGGUGUAGUGUUGCUAUUACCCAUAAUUGUGCUGAAAGCUACACAUCAGAAGCAGUUUUCUGUAUCCAGUUACCAGGCCACUCCAUACCUCUGUGUUCUUGCUGAACUCUGGAGCUCAGUCACUCAGCAUCUGCUCAUACCGCUGCAAGAGGGCUGCUAUCCAAGCCAGUACCCCAUCGUGGCAACCAGCUUUACUGCAGCUGUCACGACAGUAGCUAACAUACAUACAGCUAUAAAGGUACACAGUCUGUGUUUACUGUUUCUGGUCCAUUGCUGUGUGAAGACUAGAGGGCUUUCCAGUGAUGGCGUGCCAGUCCAGAAGGAUGGGGAGCAGCUGUCUAUGGAAGAUACCACGUCAAUCCUACCAAGGCUCAAGAGGAACUCAAAUGCCUAUGGCAUCGGUGCACUGGCUAAGUCUUCUCUGUCAGGUGUGUCAGGAGUGACCCGCACCAUGAAGGAAAGAGUCACCAAGCCCACAGCCAUGGCUCAGGGUCGUGUCGCCCACAUGAUUGAAUGGCAAAACUGGGGUAUGCAGACGGUGGGUGCAGGGGGCAUCCCUCAGUCCCGCAUCACCACCCAGGAACGGGAAAAGGAGCGGCGGCUGGAAAACGAUGCCUACAGUGACCUCAGCGAUGGAGAGAAGGAGGCCCGUUUCGCUGCAGGUAUCCUGCAGCAGUUUGCGAUCUCAGAGGCAACACUUCUAGCCUGGUCAUCGAUGGACGGAGAGAGUCCGCGGUCGGGAUCAAACCAGGGCAGUGUGGCUCAUCUGAGCGAGGUCAACCAGGAGAGCAUCACCAGUCGAGAUCAGAUAUUGCACCAUUCAUCAGCAGAGGUGUGGCCUCACACUUACGUCUCCCAGGGCCACUACUGCCUCUCCUCCUCUGAUGCCUGGGAGCCGAUAAACAACGAUCCCUCCGGUGUGGCAUCUCCCCCUGCUGGCUCCUAUGUUAUGGGGACGGACGCGUACGACGGGCAGGCUCAUUUCCUGUCACAGCAACAGCAGCAGCAGUUCAGUCUCCAGCAGCAGAGUCAACUACAGCAGCUGCAGCAGAUCCAACAGAUCCAGCACUACCAGCAACAGCAGCUCCUGCAGUAUCAGCAACAACAGUCCCUGGAGCACAGGCUGCACAGCGCCAACCACUCUUUGCAAGCGACGCCCAACAGUACCAUCCACAGUCUGGUGCAUCCUGUUCACCCUCCGUUGGUUGACCUGUGGAACACGGGGCAGAUGGAGGCCUAUCAGGCGGAGGCCGGAGGCUAUAUAGGUGUGGCGGCGGUGGUGGAGCCGAGCCUCUGUCCCCCUUCUGGAGAUGACAUGGUGGGAACAGAACAUUCUCCACUACUGGAGCAGCAGGAGGAGGAGGAGGAGGUCAAGGAGGAGGAGGUGAUACUGUGCAUAGAGCCAGAGUCGGUCACGUUGACCCCGCCCACGCAACAAGGGGAUGCCUCCGGAGGCAGUAGUCCGGGGCAACCGCCGGCGGAGCCAAUCACAGAGCGGAAGGCCUCCGAUGUCACCUCCGGCCUCAUUCAGACACUUGAGGAGAAGGAAGAGGAGGAGGAGGAGGGGCCGGCCGCUUCCAUAGCAACCAACUGAGUUCCUGUCUGUUAAGAGACUCCUUAUUACAAACUGACCGGGGAGUCAGGAAGGAAUGAGCGUAAUACUACAAUAUAUAUCUAUUAAUCUGUUCCUUUUCAGGUAUCACAAACACUUUUUGGUUGCGAGACAAAUUCCUCA